AUGGCGGCAGACGACUGGCGAGACAGCAAUGUAGCCGCAGUUGGCAGCGACGAGGACAAGGCUACAAGAAAGACGGCUGCGAUGAUGGAGCCUGCUUGGGAAGGGCUGGGCACGAAGCCUGGCAUUCAAGUCUGGCGCAUUGAGCACUUUCACGUGGUCCCCGUGGAAUCCGCGCUUCAUGGGCAGUUCCACAAGGGAGACUCAUACAUUGUGCUGCACUCGGAGCAAGCAGCAGACGGCAAGCUGUUGCACACGAUCUUUUUCUACAUAGGAGCUGAGAGUUCCAGUGAUGAGAAGGGCACGGCAGCAUACAAAACAGUUGAACUUGAUGACUUCCUCGAUGGUGAGCCCAAGCAGGUGCGCGAGGAGAUGGGCAAGGAAUCGCCAGCCUUCUCUGCUCUCUUCCCCGAUCUGAAAUAUCUGGAUGGCGGAGUCGAUAGUGGCUUCAAGCAUGUCGUGCCUGAGGGGCAUGACACAAAACUGUACCAGGUCAGGAAGGUGAAGGGUAAAACUUCGGUCCUGCAAGUUCCGGUCAGAAAGGAUAUGGUCAACGACUCCGACAGUUUCGUCCUGGAUGCAGCAGAGAAGAUCUAUGUCUACGAUGGGCCCCGUGCCUCGCCUUUCGAGAAGCAAGCUGCUAACCGACAUGCGGAGCAUCUCGAGAGUUUGAGGGGCGGCCAUGCGCAAGCUACGCACGACGUCGACGACACAUUCUGGACUCUCUUGGCGGCUUCCUGA